ACCGCCGCCCCGCCUCCCAUCGUUACGUUAGUCGUCCGCCCGCGCUAGUGCCAUCCACACUCUUCUCUUCUCCCCGGCCGGACCGGAGUCAGGCAGCCGAAGCAAGAAAAGCAAGCGGCUUUGGAAGUUGGGAUCCAUGGCGUCCACCUCGUGCUUCCUCCACCAGUCCACCGCCCGCGUGGCCGCGCCGUCGCCGCGCCUCGCCGCCCCGCCGCGCAGCGCGCAACUGUUCGUCUGCAAGGCCCAGAAGCAGCAGGCCGCCGCGGCGGAGAGCGACGUGUCGCGCCGCGCCGCGCUCGCGCUCCUCGCCGGCGUCGCGGCCGUCGGCGCCAAGGCGAGCCCCGCCGCCGCCGCCUACGGGGAAGCAGCCAACGUGUUCGGCAAGACCAAGAAGAACACGGACUUCAUCUCCUACGUCGGCGACGGCUUCAAGCUGCUGAUCCCGUCCAAGUGGAACCCCAGCAAGGAGCGGGAGUUCCCCGGGCAGGUGCUCCGCUACGAGGACAACUUCGACGCCAACAGCAACGUGUCCGUCAUCAUCCAGCCCACCUCCAAGAAGGCCAUCACCGAGUACGGCUCCCCCGAGGAGUUCCUCUCGCAGGUCGACUACCUGCUCGGCAAGCAGGCCUACGGCGGCAAGACCGACUCCGAGGGCGGGUUCGAGACCGACGCCGUGGCCACCGCCAACGUGCUGGAGAGCUCCACCCCCGUGGUGGACGGCAAGCAGUACUACAGCAUCACCGUGCUGACCAGGACGGCGGACGGCGACGAGGGCGGCAAGCACCAGCUCAUCACCGCCACCGUCUCCGACGGCAAGCUCUACAUCUGCAAGGCGCAGGCCGGCGACAAGCGGUGGUUCAAGGGCGCCAGGAAGGGCGUCGAGAAGGCCGCCGCCUCCUUCAGCGUCGCGUGACCGACGUAAACUAUUGUUUCUUUGAUGCUUUUCAUCAGGGAUGCACAUGCACGCACCGUGUGUACGUAGAGAGCUAGGCAUGGCCUGGCUCGCCAUGCUUGUUGUGUGUUUCUUUGAUUGUACAUGAGAGGACCCGUUUCUGCUGCCAUCCAAGUUGUUUGAGAAA